AACCCCGAGAGUUCAUUUUCUUCGCGGAGACAACGCCUCUGGUUAAUGGCUUCCGAAUCUUCCACCGCAAAACCCUUACCAAUCGACUCAUCCCUCUCCUUCGUCACUGCCAUUGAAUCCUUUUCACGGCAAUUGAAUCUCUCUCUUCCUCCUCUGAAGCUCCCAUUCCGGCCGCCUCCUUUACCGGCCGAUUUCCCCCAAUCCAAACUCAUUCCCAAAUCCCGCUUCGUCGUCGACGCAUUUUCUUACGCUGGUGAGUUCUCUGUUUCCUAUUUCCUUUCCCAUUUUCACUCCGAUCACUAUGCCGGUCUCUCCCCUACUUGGUGCAAGGGUAUCAUCUUCUGCUCUGAUGUUACCGCCCGCCUUUUGCUUGAAGUUCUCAAAGUCCCGUUGCCGUUUGUCCAAUCAUUGCCGCUUCGGGAGCCUGUAGUAAUCGAUGGAUGUGAGGAUGAGUCAAUUGAAUAUAUUGUAAACAUCAUACAAAAAAUUGGAGGUAAAAGUAAGGGUUCUAUGGGGAGUGUUCUUUUCCUUAUAGCAACUUAUGUGAUUGGUAAGGAAAAAAUUUUGCUUCAAAUUGCAAGUAGAUGUAAUCGUAAGAUAAUGGUGGAUGCUAGGAAAAUGACAGUUUUAAGGAUUUUGGGGUAUGGUGGUGAGAGUGGGGUGUUUACUGAGCAUGAAAGUGAAAGUGAUGUUCAUGUUGUUGGAUGGAAUGUUUUGGGUGAGUGCUGGCCUUAUUUUAGGCCUAAUUUUGAUAGAAUGAAUGAUAUAAUGGUGGAAAAGGGGUAUUCUAAGGUUGUUGGUUUUGUUCCAACAGGGUGGACUUAUGAGAUGAAACACAAGAACUUCUCAGUAAGAUCCAAGGAUUCGCUUGAGAUACAUUUGGUGCCAUAUAGCGAACAUUCAAACUAUAAUGAAAUUAGGGAAUUUGUUAAGUUUUUGAAGCCUAGAAGAAUUGUUCCCACUGUAGGUUUGGAUGUUGAUAAACUUGAUAGCAAGCAUGCUGAUAAGAUUAGGAAGCAUUUUGGUGGUUUAGUUGAUGAAAUGGCCAACAGAAAAGAAUUCUUAAAAGGGUUUCAUCGUGGAGAAAUGAGUGAUGAUAUUGAUGAAAGUGCCACAAUGACUGUAAAUGAGGACUUGGAAGAGAUGGAAACUGUAUCAGAAACAUGUGGUACUAGUAUGGCGUUGUCUUCUCUGCAAGAAGUUGGUUCUACCGAUCGAGCCGUGUUGAAUGACGAGGAGCAGAAGAAGAUUAUCCAGGAACUUCGUGAGUGCUUGCCUGCAUGGGUGACUCAGGAUCAGAUAUUAGAGCUGAUUAGCAGGUCUGGGAGAAAUGUGGUUGAUGCAGUUUCUAAUUUCUAUGAACAAGAAACUGAAUUUUAUGAACAUAUUGCUAGUCUCCCGGAUAACCUUCCCAAGUUCCAGGGCAAAGUUGUAGAUAGGCCAUUUAUUUUUCCUGCAAGAGAUGAUAUUAAAAAGAAUGUUUUCUUGGGAAAUUUUGACGUUUCUUCAGGUCAAGCUUCGAAGUCGUCCAGUCCAAGGGGCAAGACGACGACCAAGAGCAAAGCUUCUCCUGGGAAAAGGAAGAGAAAUCUUCAGGGUAAGCCGAAAAGUAAGUCGAAAAAGAAUUCAAGUUUGCAAUCUGAUGGGUCAAAGCAAUCUACAAUCACAAAGUUCUUCGGGAAAGCUUGAUAUUUGUCAGAAGAAGGUACUAAAAUGGAAUCCAUUUUACAAGUAAGUUCCUCAAAUGAUAUGAUAAUACUGAAAAUGUGAACAAAGUGCAAGAGAAAGGGGAGGCUGUUGGAAAUAGUUUUCCAUGAAUUAUUGGUAGUGCCUCUCAAAACUCCACUUGAGACUCACUCAAAAGGAUGAGAUCUAUAUUAUUAUGGCAUAGGGUGUUAGUCUCAUGAGGAAAGUGCCGCAGCCAUCACUUAGCCAAUAUGGCCUUGUAUUGCAGCCACCUGUGGCUAAGACCCCAAGAUUGAACGACUUAGCCACCAGGAGAGCUUUUUCUUUCAUCAAAAACUUCUCUCAGGAGGGGUUUACUUAACACAAACUGGAUCAAGUCAGGUCUUCAUCCCUUUGAAAAAUAGCUUUUGUUUGAAGAGAGUGGAUCCCAAAUGCAGUACUUCUAGGAUUAUGGCCCCAUGAGAGAGAUCCAAAUGGGAGGGGUUUCUCAUUUCUGAAGGACAAUCUAAAACCAUAGAGGAAAUCGUCUGUUUAUACCUUUUAAUUUUGAUUUGUUGAGCAGCGUGCGAUAGAUAGAUAGAUAGAAAGAUAGAACGAGGAAUCUCAUCUAGUUCAUACCUUACUCUUUUCCAAUAAAGAAUAUGUUAAUAGUUAUUGUAGCUAAUUCAAGUUCUCGAUACACGAAGGAAAGGAAAUUGCCAACAACUAAAAAGGGGGAAAAAUCGGGUAACUGUACCACUUAAGAGUGAAUCGAUUCAGGCCUACGAUAAAG